AUGUUCACAUUCGCGUUAUUUCUUAUAAUCAUCGGCACUAUGGUUAUAUCCAUCGUCCCAUUCAUGUUCUUAAUUGUUAGAGCAGCUAGAAGAGAGAUGCACUUAUGUGCUGCACUCAUAAGACAAAUGGAAUCAACCCAACAAGCAGAAAGAAAGAGUAUGAACAAGAGUCUCGCAUUUGCAAGCGCAAGCCAUGACGUGCGUGCCUCUCUAGCCGGCAUUACUGGUUUGAUAGAGAUAUGUCGCGAGGAAGUUGCCCCUCUGUCAGAAUUCGAAACAAAUUUAAUGCAGAUGGAAGUUUGUAUAAAUGACCUUCUGGGGUUAUUGAAUUCAAUUCUUGACACAAGUAAAAUUGAAGCUGGCAAGAUGCAACUUGAAGAGGAGGAAUUUGAUCUGGCGCAGUUUCUUGAAGAUGCCGUUGAUUUACAUUAUCCUGUAGGAAUGAAAAAAGGGGUAGAUUUGGUGUUGGACCCUUGUGACGGUUCCAUUUCUAAAUCUGCACUCGUUAAAGGUGACCGGGGAAAAUUGAAACAGAUAUUGUGCAACUUACUGAGUAAUGCUGUCAAAUUUACCUCCGAGGGACAUGUAACGGUUCGAGCUUGGGCAAAGAAACCGAGCUUCAAGAAUUCAAUACUCGAUUCCAAUAGGAAAAGUUCAUUGAGUUGCUUAUCAUGCUUAUUUUUUAAGAACCAUGAAGCAUACAAUGACCCUGAAGUUGAAGCCAUGAAAACAAUCCAACAAAAUUCAGAUUGUCUGGAAUUUGUGGUUGAGGUGGAUGAUACAGGAAAAGGAAUUCCGAAAGAGAAGAAAGAAUCUGUAUUCGAAAACUAUGUCCAGGUCAAAGAGACAGCUCUUGGACAAGGAGGCACUGGCUUAGGACUUGGUAUUGUUCAAUCUUUGGUACGUCUGAUGGGUGGAGAGAUACAAAUUGUGGAUAAGGAAAUUGGUGAAAAGGGAACCAUCUUCAGGUUCAAUGCCUUCCUCACAACAUGUACUAGUAGCUAUGCAAGAGAAGAUGUCGAAUCACAUGGUGGUUAUAUAUCCAGUGAUUCAUAUCAAAACUCAGGGCCAAGUAAUUGCACCCCCAGCCCAAAGCCAGAGUUGUCCCAAGUCAUACUCUUCAUUCAAAGCGAUGAACGUCAAAGAACUUCACAAAAAUUCAUGGAGAGCCUAGGGAUAAAAGUGCAUGCAGUAAAACAAUGGGAGCAACUUCCUCAUUACCUGAAGAAGAUAAAACAGAAACUGAACUUUUGGUGGUUCAGCCCUUCAGGAAGAUCAGAUGUGAGCUCGAGGAGUGAUUACAUGAGCAGAACGGGUACUAGAGCAAAGGAUUUGCCUUUAAGUGCCAUGGAUGGGUCAGACCAGAUACCACCCGUUCACAGGAGGACUAAUUAUAGAGGUGUGCCCAACUUCAUACUAAUUGUGAUUGAUACUAAUGCUGGACCAUUUCGGGAAUUAAGCAAGGCUGUGGCUGAAUUCAGAAGAGACCUUGUUAAUACUUUCUGCAGAGUUGUUUGGAUAGAUAAACCAGGUGCUCAUAACAUCCAUUCGAAAGGCCUCAAUGGGGACAAGCUCCCUCCAACCGAUCUCAUCAUAUCUAAGCCGUUACACGGCUCUCGUUUAUAUCAUCUGAUUGGACUUCUACCGGAGUUUGGAGGUACAUUGCAGUGUAAUACAACCGAAACAAGGAGGCCAAACAAGUACCAAGUUGAAAAAAUUUCUUCCGAGUCCAAACAAGGAGGCCAAACAGGUAGCAUGAGCAGUGAUCAGCAACCUUUGAGUGGGAAAAGAGUGUUGGUUGCUGAGGAUAAUGCCUUGUUGCUUAAGCUGACUAUGUCUAUUUUAUCUCGGCUUGGUGCAACUGUUGAACUCUGUGAAAAUGGAGAAGCAGCUUUGGAACUGGUUUGCAAAGGUCUAAGUGAUCAAAGGAAAAGCAGAGCUUCUGGGGUUCUUCCUUAUGAUUAUAUAUUAAUGGACUGUGAGAUGCCGGUAAUGGAUGGGUUCGAGGCAACAAGACGUAUACGGGAGGAGGAGACAUAUUACGGUGUUCACAUACCCAUCAUUGCAUUGACUGCUCAUACAGCAGGUGAGGAAGCAGGAAGGAUGAUCGAAGCUGGAUUGGAUUUUCAUUUAACCAAGCCUCUGAAAAAGGAACAGCUAUUGGAAGCCAUCAAAUACAUCCAUAGUAAAUGA